AUGUCGACAAGUAAGAAACUUUCACGAGAACAAAAAGGCAAGAGGCGCGCGGCUUCAUCAGGAUCCAGUGAUGACUUAGAGAGGGUCCGCAGUUCCGAGGGAAGCCAAGAGGCGGUUUAUCGCGAAGCGAUGAUGGAUACGGAGAACUUGAGUCGCGCGCAGCGCGUCCUGGUCUCGGAAUCGAUGGUGCAAUCGCGGAGGGACGACGAUGGUCGCGAUCAUACUGACGAUCAAAUGAUCCCAAUAAGCUUUUACCCGGGGAAUAUCUUCGAGAAACAGCCUCCGCUUGAUCGGGAGCGCGUGCGUCCUUCGGUUGUCGAAGGCCAGGACUGGCGGGAUGUCGUGAAGACGAGAUCAACCGUCGAGUCGGUGACGAGACUUCUGCGGGCUCGCGACGCGGCGGGGGUUACGUUUAUAAUUCCGAGGAGCGACCAGCGGCCUUGGUCUCCUCCGAAGGGGUACCAAUGCGUAUACGAAUCGUAUUUCGAGGGCGACACCAACCUAUGGUUUCCGAUUCCUCGACUCAUCACCGCGUUUACGAUGCGCCGGGGAGUCGCCCUUAGUCAGUUCUUGAACGGUGCGUGGCGGCUGGCCGUCGCACUGACGAUUAUUGGGGCGGAAGCCGGUGUUCCUCUAAAUGUGAGAGCUUUUGAGGAGCUAGUGUCGAUGAAGAUGAAGGGCGGGCUGAUUUCGUUGAAGAUUCGUCCCAAUUACAAUGUGGUGACCGGCUACCCAGUUAAGACGAAUAAUUGGCAGCGGUCCUAUUUCUACGUCAAAUCCGACAGGGCUGCGUUCGAAGAACCGCUGAAGACCGGCUAUCGUGUAUUAUGGACCCGAGAGAUGGUUGGUCUUCCGAAUACCGUAGAGUACGAGGAGGACUUUUUGGAGAGCGCGCGUCUGAUCGCAUCGCAGAAACAGGAUCAUUGGGAUUCGUUCUCCUAUCAGAGGAUUCGUCGAUCGAUUGGGUGGAUUAGCCAACAGGUCUGGCGUUCGGAUAUGAUCCCCAUUAUCACGAAGAAGACGAAGAGACUCAAUUUGUUCAAUUCGGCCGAGCAAAGAGAAGUAAAUCGAGCAAGAGCGAUGAGGGCUUUGCCGAAUUUGAGUCUGGUGAUUAGGAGGACAGCCGGCUUCGCGAAGAAGCUGCAGCCCGAUACCGCGGGUUCACCUGAUCUCGGAGAUCCGAGCGCGACCGAGUCGGACGCUGAUGCUCAGUUGGUGAGGAAAACCAACAGAAAAAGGCAGCGCGAAGAGGAAGGCACGACCGCCGAGGAAGAGAACGUUGAUGACGGCUCUCCAGGAAGACACUCUGGAUCGGAGAGGGAGAAGAAGAAGGCGAGGGGCGACCUUUCCGCGAUUCGAUCCUCGUCCGUUGAAGAAGGCGAGCUCAAGGAUCUGGAGCCGAGUGGCGGUUCUAAAGAUGAGGUGGUUCCCGAAUCGCAGCCUGCUGGCAGCCGCGACGAAGAUCCGCCGGUGGCUUCGCCAAAGGCUAAAAAGAAGGAUAAGAAGAAGAAGAAGGCGAAGAGAGCCGAAGAAGUGAUUCCUCGAGAGUCUCGGGGACUGGAACGUCCUAGUUGGGAAAUACGACGAGGAGCUGAAAGGAGCGUUCGAGAUGAUCCGCAAGCAGAAAGGAACAAUAAACGCGCGACCCGGGCUUUGAAGGAUGCAGUCCAUGCAAAAGACGAGGCGGUUGCUCGGGAAGAGGUGUUGAGGAAGGAGCUUGACGAGCAGAGGGAGAUCAUGGCGACCGAACUGGCGUCCUCCCGGAAUCUGGUGAAGCAGGCGGAGGAAGAGAAAACCGAGAUGCAGAAGAGAAACGCAGAGUUGCGGGGCAAGAACGCGACCCUUGAGAAGGAGGUGGUCGCUGCGGCUUUGGAAUAUUCCAGGGAGAUGGAUCGUCUGAGGCAAUCUCGCAAGCUUGAGGUCACCCACGAACGAAUCCGUGUGAUGGCGGCGAUGACCGCAAAGUGCUCCCGACGCUUCAGGAAUAUCCAGGAUCGGGAGAAGCGCCGUGAUGAUUUCGAGGACGCGCGGUGUAUGCUCGGCCAAGCGCGCGGAAUGCGAGACUGCCUUGAGGCCUUGAGGGAAUCGGGGAAAGACAUCCCGCAGGAGACCAUCGAUACGUACGCUGAUUUGGCGAAGUACUAUGAUGGGGAGACGGCUCGUCUGGAGGUGGGCGUGAUUCCGGACUCGGAUCUGAUCUUAUCUCCUUUGGUGUUGGAGUCUCGGUUCGUGAUCGAUGAAAUCCUCGAGAAGGUUGACAAACAUGGGUCGAAUCUUGAACUGAUCGAUUCCGAGGCCGCGAAAGCGCUUCGAUCUCCGAGUGACGGAUUUAUUAGGGACCUCCUCGACACGGUAAAGUCCCCUGCUCGUCCCGACACCACUCUUCCUAUCCAAGAGACUGCUCUGGUUCCCGAUAGAAGUGCAACCGAAGCGGGUCCGAAGGCGCCUGAUGCCGGUGUCCCGGAGAAGCUUGUCACGAUCUCUGACACGUCGUCCCUUGGGAUUUCAGACCCUGAUGCGAGCGAGGGUCUCUCGGAUCUGAACCGCGAGAUCAGGCUCGUUUCUCCUCCGAGGAAGGACCAGGGCGCUGGUUCGGACGUUCCUGAGAAGAAGGACCCCCCUGCUGAGGGAUGA